UACCGGGGAGCUUCCAGAGAGGCCCAUGACCGGGCCACGGGGACGCUGGGGCUGGAAACCAAGAGCCACUGGACUCUGUAAAAGCACCAGGCUCAGCACAGGCAGAAGCAGCGAUGAGCUCACGGCCGGUGGUGGUGGAUGUGCCCACCAGCACCGGCAUGUCCCUCCAGAGACACAGGGCAUCCUUCAGGGGAACUCGGUCAUUGUCCUCCCUGCAUAGCCCCCAGGCCUCCAGGACCAGUGCCAUAGGUGGCCUCGUCCGAGCCCCCAGGGUCUAUGUAGGAAUGGCGCCCAGUGGAUACGCGGGCGGCCUGGUAGCCCGGGUGACCCGCCGAGCCAUGGGCAUCAGCAGCGUCUUUCUGCAGGGGCUGCAGAGCUCAGGCCUGGCCGUGGCACCCGCUCCGAGCCUGGAGAGGGACCUCGGAGCCGUCGAGGACCUGGGGGACUGCCUGGUGGAGUACAUGGCCAAGGUGCAUGCCCUGGAGCAAGCCAUCCAGGACCUGGAGGCACAGCUGCGGAUGCACCUGGAGAGCAAGGCCGGGAGCUGUGAGAAGUGGGGCGCCCUCAGGGCCUCCUGGGCCAGCAGCUGCCAGCAGGUUGGCGAGGCGGUCUUGGAAAACGCCCGGCUCAUGUUGCAGACAGAGAGUAUCCAGGCAGGCGUGGACGACUUUAAAGAAAGGGUAACAAGGCCUGGUGAUGAGAAGGACGACACUGCCAUCUCUUCCCUGUCCUUGCCUUUCCCAACGACCCAGCUUCUUCAUGUGCUAAGAUAUGAAAACGAGCAGCCAUGUCGAAAGGCAGUGGAAGAGGAAAUUAACUCUCUGUAUAAAGUCAUCGAUGAAGCUCAUUGGACAAAAAUAGAUCUGGAAGGUCAAAUAGAAAGCCUGAAAGAAGAACUUGGCUUUCUGUCAAGGAGCUAUGAAGAGGAUGUGAAAGCGCUGUAUAAGCAGCUGGCGGUAUCCGAGCUGGAACAAGUGGGCGUCCCCAUGGGCACUGGCCUGGACGACAUCCUCCAGACGAUCAGAACCCACUGGGAGAGAGAUGUCGAAAAGAACCGGAUGGAAGCAGGGGUCUUGCUCCAAGCCCAGCAGCAGGCAGAGGUGGCCCGCCUGGCCCAGACCCAGGAGGAGAAGCUGGCUGCUGCGCUCAGGGCGGAGGUGCACGAUGCUUCGUGCCAAGUGCAGAGCCUCCAGGCUGAGACGGAAUCGUUGCGCGUCCUGAAACGAGGCCUGGAGAACACCUUACACGAUGCAAAGCACUGGCAUGACCUGGAGCUGCAGAACCUGGGUGCUGUUGUCAGCAGGCUGGAGGCGGAGCUCCGGGAGGUGCGCGCAGAAGCAGAGCAGCAGCAGCAGGCCCGUGAGCAUCUGCUGGCUCACAGGUGCCAGCUGCAGAGGGACCUGGCGUCCUACCAUGCUCUACUGGACAGGGAGGAGAGCAACCAAUGAAGCAACUUCCUCUUUUCAUGAACGAAACGCUGCCUUCUUCACCAUAGAGUUUCUUAAAGAUUUUCUUCCUACCCCCCCACCCAUCCCCCACCUACCGCAAGCUGGAUUACCUGCUAGAUUUCCGGGUUGAUUGGCCUUGAGCUGAAAAGCUUCCUGGUAGUGGAGAGAGAGGGUUCUUCUGCCUUAAAUUUAAGUAGUCUGUAGCAUAGCAACCUCCCUGUCUCUCUCCAAAUAAAUGUUUUGUGUGCAGCUUCCAA